AUGUUAAAAAUAAAACAAUCACGUAUUAAAGAAAAAGAAAAAGAAUUUCAACGUAUUUAUGGUGAUAAAGAACGUCAAUUACAAAACCAACAAUUUGAUUUAGUUACAACAUAUGGAGAAAUGGAACUGUUGAGUCAAACAAACGAUGUAAAUAAUAAAAAUUCUACAACUAAAGAUGAAAAUGAUGAAUAUGAACGUUUAACAAAAUCACCAUUAGAAUUUGAAUUAGCUUCGAACGAACUUAAAAAAACUUCAUUUUCACAAAUUUCUGAUCUUGAAUCAUUAUUAAGUACGAAAGAGAAAACAAUUCCACAUUUAGAAGAGAAAUUACAAACACAAUCAGAUUAUGAUGAAAUUAAACGUGAAUUAAGUAUAUUAAAAUCAAUCGAAUUUUCAUCGUCAUCCUAUCGUAACGAUGAACAAAAUAAUGAUCAAACAGUUACGAUGCCGAAAAAUGCUGUUCGAAAAUUAUUAGCACAACAUAAUAUCGGACAACGAAUAUUUGCUCGAUACAUAUUAAGUUUAUCACAAGGAACAGUUAUUAUUGAUCAACUACAACAAGACAAUUCAGGUGAAAGUGAUGAUGAAAGCGAUCUAGAAGAUGAAACAGAUGAAUAUCCAAUGCUAACAUUUGUACCUGUAACAAGUAUAUGGCUAAAUGACAGUAAUGAUGUAGAUGGUUCAUGUUCAACUCCUAAAAUAGAUCAUAUCCGAGCUAACGCUCGCCGUUAUCAAUAUUUAACUUUAAAUCAUGAUAAUCCAACAAUAGCAACAACCAAUAUUGUUUCAUUAAUUAGUGAUAUCAAAACAGCAUCAUUACCAACAACAAGUACGAGUAGUAGUACAAAACGUAAAUCUAUACCACAGAAGAUUAUUGUUAAAAAAUUUGAUAAUACGUCAAUUACAAAUGAGAAUGAAGAAGAUAGCAACAUUAGACGAGCAUUAAAUAAAAAAAAGAAAGUUUUAUUAAUAGUGAUACAGAAAAUUAUAUGA